AACAACUAACGAGUCUAAAAGUACUCGAAAUUGUUUUGAAACCCAGCGAAGCCAAGCUGCACCCGAAACCUGUUUGUUUGUCGAAUUCAGGGCUCCCAAUUUCUGCACUGCCGAACUCACGCCUUUUCUCCUCUCACUCUGUCGUUGAUAUCUCUAUCUUUCAUACAGCACUUUCCUAAAGGUUAAAGAACAUUGUAAAAGGAUUGUGAAGCAUAUGACGUUUUGAGGAAGAUGAGCAGAUUCACUCGACGAAAGUUAAGGUCAGAAAUAAUUUGUGAACAUAAACUUAAUGAUGGGAGUGAGGGAACUUCUGCUCGUACAAGACCCGUAAGCUAUGAUGAAAUAAUGCUUAAAAGAAAAAGUAAGAAGGAACUUGGAGGUUUUGGUGAGGAAGCCCAUGGUGCAGAAACUACAAGACAUGUGGAAGAAACUACUAGAUAUGAGGUAGAAACUACUAGACAUGAAACAAACAGUACUAAACAUGAAAUAGCUGUCAGGAACCCUGACCGUGUGAGUAGGCAUACACAUGGUGAUCGACAGAGUAGACAUACACAUGGUGAUCGACCAAGUAGGGAUACACAUGGUGAUCGACCAAGUAGGGAUACACACGGUGAUCGACCGAGUAGGGAUACACAUGGUGACCGUCGGAGUAGGGAUACAAAUGGUGACCGUCAGAGCAGGGAUGUGAAUGUUGACAGUCAGAGCAGAGAUAUGAAUGGUAAUGCUAUGAAAAAAUCACGAGAUUACAUUUGGGAAGCCAGCCCUAGAAAGAAGGUGGGUAAGAUUUCCAGGACAGAACAUACUCAUAGUAAAGGUGAAAACAAGGAGAGGCAUAACGUGGAGAGUAAAUCAAAUCACAAAAAAUACAAUGAUGUGAGGAUUAAUACUGAAUCUAAAACCGACAAGCAAGGCCGCGUAAGUAGUAGAUCAGAUGAACGUGCAAGGGAUGAUGCUCGGUAUAAUUAUGAUAGUAAACAACAUAGGGAUUCAGUUGUAAAGGAUAGAUGCGCUGAAAGAAAUGCAGGAGUAUCUGAAAGGGAAAGCAAAAGGAAAGAUCGAAGUGGAGAUGACGAAAAACAUAGAUUGAGGGAUCAUGUCAAAAAACAUGGUACUGGAAGUAGACGGGAUCCUGAAACCUCAGAGAUAAAGGAGAAAAUGGAGUCAUCACUCUUAUGUCAUGAUGAAACUAGAUCAAAAAGAAGGCGGUCAAGAAGUCAAGAGCAUAAAAAGGACAAGGGUAGGAGGUCCAUCUCACCUUUACCUAAGGCCCGAAAAAAUGUGUCGGAUCCUAUGCAUGAUCACAAUGAGCUUUCUUCACAUCCUGAAAAAGAUAGGUCUAGACGCCAUUCUGAUGUUGACCGUAGCAAGAUUGUAAGUGAUGGUUCUAGCGGCCAGCAAUGGCGACAUGGUGGCCCACCUAGCGGGCUAGGUGGGUAUUCACCUAGAAAGAGAAAAAGCGAAGCUGCUGUCAAGACUCCUUCACCCAUUUGUUCACCGGAAAGAAAGCGUGCUGGGUGGGAUCCUCUACCUUCUGGAGUAGAUAAGAAUCUUUAUUCUUCUGUUCCUUCUGGGGCACAUCUGAUUUCACAAACUAAGCCUUCAAAUAUGAUAGAGUUCCCAUCUGUUUUUUCGGCUGCUUCAAGUAUGGGUAGGCCUAUAUCUGCAUUCUUGUCCAACAGUCUGUCAGCAUUUAAGCAUGCCUCUAUUGACUCUGUUCAACUGACACAAGCAACCAGACCUAUGAGGCGGCUUUACAUUGAUAAUAUUCCCAGUUCAGCCACUGAGAAAGAUAUUAUGGAGUUUUUUAAUACUUUCCUGCUUAGUUCUGGUUCUAAUCAUAUCCGUGGCACACAUCCUUGUAUUAGCUGCAUGAUUAACAAGGAAAAGGGGCAAGCUUUAGUGGAGUUUAUUACUCCUGAAGAUGCGUCUGCUGCACUGUCUUUGGAUGGCAAAUCUAUCUCUGGGAGCAUUCUCAAAAUCAGGCGUCCAAAAGAUUUUGUUGACGUACCAAGUGGCACUUCAGAGAAAACAAAGGCUGCAGGCGAUUCCAUUGUUGAAGUUGCAAUUAGUGAUAUUGUGAAAGAUUCUCUGCACAAGAUCUUUGUCGGUGGAAUUGCGGAAGGGCUUUCUCCUGAAAUGAUUAUGGAGAUAGUUGGGGCCUUUGGAACAUUGAAGGCUUUUCGUUUUCAUGUCAACAAGGACUGUGAAGAUGCAUGUGCUUUCUUGGAGUAUGCAGAUCAUUCUGUCACAUUGAAGGCUUGUGCUGGAUUGAAUGGUAUGAGGUUAGGCGGGAGAGUUCUGACAGUAGCCCAAGCUUUUCGCAACACAGAAUCAGUGGAACUCUCUGAAAGCCACCCAUUUUAUGGAAUACCGGAGCAUGUUAAACCCCUCCUUGAAGCACCAACGCAGGUCCUUAAGCUUAGCAAUGUGCUUGUUCAGGAGGCAAUUGAUUCGCUCUCAGAAACAGACUUGGAAGAAAUUGUGGAAGAUGUACGAUUAGAAUGUUCCAGGUAUGGCUCUGUUCUGUCCGUUAACGUUGUGAAAGGUACCAACACACAUACAACUGGUUCCAAAGAAGAACAGAUCACAUCUGAUUUAAGACCUAUACAACCUCCAGAAGAAAGGAACCAUCAUCAAACAGAUCUUGCUCUGGAACAUGAAGAUGGAGAUGAUCUUAUCGGGAGAUCUCCAAGCAGUAUUGAAGAAUUCGAUGCAGUGGAUAGUGUUGAAGGUGAUAUGCAUAAACUAUCUACUGCUAUUGACUGUGUUAAAGUAGGAGCAGCUGAAACAAACGCUGUUAGUGAAACUAAAGAAAAUGGUAAUAAUUCACCUCAGAGCAGGGACGAUGAAACUGCUAAUGGGCCGAAAUCGAAUGCUUUGCUUGAUGUUUCAACUGUUGUUGUUGCUUCUGUGAAUGAUUCUGAGGGAAAUCAUUCAGAAGCAUCCAUCACUGAGAGUAAAGUAUCGUCGGAGUUGAAACCUGAUGAAACUAUGGGUAUCUUGCAGUCAAGAGAGCGUGAAACCCUGCACACUGAAGAUGUGCCAGGACUGGACAAAAGUGACAUGCUCCAAGAAUCAGAAUCAGUACCCUUGCAGACAAUUUCUGGCGCAAGUGCAACUGAAGAUGGUCUAGAUAUUGAAAAUGGCUGUGAAUGGAGUAACAUGUUUGAGGUUGGCUGUGUCUUGGUGGAGUUUAGAAGGACAGAAGCUUCAUGCAUGGCAGCACAUUGUUUGCAUGGACGUACUUUUGAUGGCCGUAUUGUUGCAGUGGAAUAUGUGCCACUGAAGGUCUACCAAGAGAGAUUUCCAAAAUGAUUGUCUUAUUUACAUCAGGUGAUGAUUUGAAUUAUAGAUUAUGGCUGUUGAGUAUGGCUGUCUGGAUACAAACACACCUGGGAUACUAGCAUGUCUGACUCCCGAUCUAGUCUCAAUAGCAUGUCUUUUGGUUGAGAUUUCAUUCUGAAUGUUUUUAUUAUCCUGACCAGCCACAAAGGGACUUAAUUCAUAGCUUCUCUCCACCAGGAUUCCUGUACUUAGACGUGUAUGCAGUAUUACUCAACUUACUGGCGCAUUAUAUACUCUUGCUAGUCAUGAGUCUAGAUUAAUAGUAACUUA